AAGCACGCGGAAAGCAGGAGCGAGGAAGGAGAAUCGAAGACGAACAAGUCCAAGGAUUCGUAGCCAACACAUACAGCUGCACCGAAGGCACGCGACACUGCUAGUCUUGACCACCAAUUCGAAUACGCAAGGAACGGAAGUUUUUGAGCUGAACUAGCCUCCUCACUCAAGAGAUCAUUUCGAUUUUUCUUAGAGGGAGAUUGGAAGCUUGGUUUGUGCCUGGAUGCGUGUUGAGCAUUGAUUUUCUGCCGGCACAUUUCGAUAUUCCGUCAAACCAAGAAUCCGUAUUAAUGACGCAGGGUCACGAAGACUUCAUUAUGAGAAGCUCGUCAAGUGGAUCGUUUCAGCGAUCGGCUUCGUCAGAUUGGACAGCGCAUGCGCUGCAUGACCCAGAGAUAUGUGCGGCACCUCUGGACUUCGACAUUUCUCUCUACGACUUUGAAGAAAACCUUGACUUCGAUCUGGACCAGAGCUACUUUCAGAACAAGCUGGAGGCGAAAGCGAAUUUAUUUGCGGGAGGGGAGGAUCUUUUGGGGAGUGCUAAGAGCAGCCUAGAGAUAUGUAUCAAGCCUUCAAUCUCUCGAUUCGGAGAGAUCUUGAGGGGAGGGGUGUACUCCCAGUACGGGUUCGAAUCCACGAAACACCCGGCGGAGAAAUCCAUAAACCGGAACGGGGACUUUGUGAAGGAAGAGCCACUGAUUGUUCCGAAUGCCGAAGAAUCUAGAGGGAGAGAUAGAAGGCUGAGCGAGGGUGAGCUCUGGCUGUGCUCGGCCCGGCUAAUCUAGACAUGCUUUUGUUGUCACAUUAUUCUUUCCACAUCAAUUAUUGUUUUCAACUGUUGUCUUUUUUACUUUCAAUGAAGUAAAAUUACAUCUUCAAAGAAGUGAUUCCCCGAUAGAUGAUUUUUUAAUUGCAAAAGCGCAAAGAUUUUCACAUGUUUGAAGUCGGGUUGU